AUGGGGAAGAAUAGCAAGAAAUCUGGGCAGCCGAUGCUUGGUAGAACUAUUAUCAAAGACAGAUUUCGUGGGAAGAACAAAAGUGGUGGUACUGGUGGAAAACAAAAUUAUUUGCAUACAACAGAAUUAAAUGAUGGUUAUGACUGGGGUCGACUAAAUCUUCAGUCAGUGACAGAACAGAGUAAUUUAGAAGAUUUUCUGUCUACAGCCGAAUUAGCUGGUACUGAGUUCACUGCUGAAAAAUUAAAUGUGAAGUUUGUAGACCCUGCUGGUAAUAUUGGUUUAUUAUCAUCAGAAGAGAAAGAAAAAGUCCAUGAAGCUCAACAGAAACAUAGAAAUCUUUUAAGCAUUCCACGAAGACCAGCAUGGACAGAAAAAACAACAGGAGAAGAACUAGAAAUGUUAGAAAAGGAAUCAUUUUUGCAAUGGAGAAAACUUCUAGCCAAAUUACAAGAAGAAGAACAUAUAAUUAUGACACCGUUUGAAAAGAAUUUAGAUUUUUGGCGUCAGUUGUGGAGAGUAAUUGAAAGAAGUGAUAUUAUAGUCCAGAUUGUUGACGGUAGAAAUCCAUUGCUCUUCCGAUGUAGUGACCUGGAUAAAUAUGUUAAAGAGGUCAAUAAGUCAAAGGUUAACUUAUUGUUGAUAAAUAAAGCAGAUUAUUUAACUAGUAAACAAAGAGAAAGAUGGUCAGAGUAUUUUUCUAAACAUGGUGUAAAGAUAGCUUUUUGGUCAGCUUUAGAGGAAACUACUAGACAAACAGAGUCAAAAGGAAUUGGAGAUACCAAGACAGAAAACAGUGCUACAUCCUCAGAUAAAGUUGUGAAUAAUUCAUCUAAUAUAUUAUGUGGAGAAGAGUUGUUAGAAUUAUUGAAGUCACUACAUACAGGACCCUAUCAUACUGAUCAUGUUCUCACUGUUGGUAUGGUUGGUUAUCCCAAUGUAGGUAAAAGUUCUACAAUAAAUGCUAUAUUAAAAACUAAAAAAGUGCCUGUAUCAGCAACACCUGGUAGAACCAAACAUUUUCAGACAUUGUAUGUGGAACCUGAUUUAAUGUUAUGUGAUUGUCCAGGAUUAGUGUUCCCAUCAUUUGUAUCAACCAAAGCUGAGAUACCACGACAUGUAUUAGAGAUAGUAUAUGGUAUCAAUAUACGGAAACCAGGAGAAGGGGAAGAUCCAAACAGAAAACCAAAUGCUUAUGAACUGCUUAAUGCUUAUGGAGCUAUGAGAGGUUAUAUGACAUCACGGGGUGCACCAGAUGGUCCUAGAUCAGCAAGGUAUAUUAUCAAGGAUUAUAUUAACGGAAAGAUUUUAUAUUGUCAUCCACCACCUGGUAUUGAAUCAAGUGAUUUUCAAGAAGUACAAACGAUUACAAAAUAUCAAGUUAAAAUACCUAUUCCAGAACCACAAGUUAAACCAGAUACUUCUACUAGUAAAACACAGACCAAGUCUAGUUCGUUAGAUAAAGAGUUUUUCUCAAAGAUGUAUGCAGCCUCCCAUGUUAAAGGAGUGAAAUGUAUUCGUGUAGCUGGACGUCCUGAUCUAUCUACCCCAUACAGUAGUCAGCAAUCAUUGAAUACAAUCGGAGAAAAACCAUGGAGACAUCAUCAUAAUAAAAAUAAGAAAGAAAAGUUACGAAAAGUGUACUCUCAUCUAGAUCAACAUGAUUAUUAUUAA